CCUGAAUGAGCACAGAGGGAUAAAUAUAGCCAAAUCUGAUUCCCUGAACUUUUGAGAGCAAUCAAAUCAAGUCUCCAUGAUCCCGUCCACCCAACCGUGACUGACAGGAACACCUUUGCUCGUACAGUCUCUGCUCUCCAUUCAAGUCCGACGGUGUCACAAGCAGUCUAAAAACUGAUCCCAGGCUUGCCUAGACCGAAUCAGGAUGGGUCUCUGCUCUCUUAGAAAAGUUCUUCUCCAGCAAACUCCUUAGUGUACCUCAAUGGUCUUCGAUGGACAGGCCCCCGAACUCUUAUUUAGCCUUGAAUUGCAUGACGUCACUUGCCAGAGGAAAGCAAUCCCCCAUCUUGACGGCUGUCCAACUGCAUUUCUCCCCUGCCUUGGGCAACAUUGAAAGAGCAACAGUCGUCACCUGGGAUUGGCAGCAAAGAAGUCCCCGAGUUUUCAACCGUCAGUUUUUGGGGUUAUUCUCCCCACAUUCCCAGCAGACGAGGCGAAUCUGCUUUCUAUACCAAUGGCUACCAAAGACACCUCUGGAGCUUCCACAGAUCAUCACAUGAACCAACUUCAAACACCGGAAAAUAAGGAUGAAGAGAGACAUCAGCUGGAUGCAGAAGAGGAACAAAAGAAAGAACGAGCGAUGGGCAAGAAAACGCGAGGCGAAAGGAUUAAAGAAUUUAAAACUUUCAUUUGGAAUCCAGAUACCCGGGAAUGUUUGGGCCGGACCGCUCGGAGCUGGAGUCUGAUACUCCUUUUUUACAUUGCCCUGUACACGUUCCUGGCUGGCAUGUUCAUAUUCUGUAUGUACGUAGUCUUGAUCACGCUGAGUCCCUACACGCCGAGGUACAGGGACAGGGUGGCCCCACCAGGAGUUACGAUUAGGCCAUACAUAAAGCAAGCCUACAACAUUGCCUUCAGAGUUUCCCAGCCUAGUUCAUGGCAGCCUUAUGUGGAAAACCUGGAACAGUUCUUAAAAGAGUAUGACGACAAGGUUCAAGAAGCCAGAAACAUCCCGUGCACCCCGGGCUCAUAUUUCGUGCAAGACAGCGACGAAACUGUGGUGAAGAAAGCUUGCCAAUUCAAGAGGUCCCAAUUGAUGAAGUGUUCCGGAGUUCAGGAUCAAACCUUUGGAUAUUCACAGGGCCAACCUUGCAUAUUGCUAAAGAUGAAUCGUAUUAUCGGGUAUCAGCCUGGCUAUGGCACUCCAAUUACUGUGAGUUGCAAAAUCCAGAGAGGCGAUCAAAGUCACCUCCAGUCAGUAGACUACUUCCCAAGUGAGACAUUUGAACCCAUGUAUUUCCCUUAUUACGGCAAACUUACGCAUGUCAACUACACACAACCCUUGGUAGCUAUUCAGUUCACAGGAAUGACAAGAAACCAGACCCUGGACCUCCAAUGCCAACUGAACGGGAAAGGGAUUAUCAACACCGUUAACAACGAUCGGUUUCUGGGACGGAUCAUUUUCACACUAACCGUCAACAGCUAAGGCCAGAUCUCUCUCCGUUUGUGAUCACCCUUUUAUGGCAAUCAAACGUUUUUCCUCGCCGCGGGGAGGAGGGGGGGGAAAAAAAGAAAAAAAAAAUCCAAUUGGCCAUUGACGUAGCAGCACCAGGAAACUCCCAACUCCUAUUCUGAGGGAUCGUUUUUGGUUUUCUCUGGAAAAAAAAAAAGAAUAAACAAAUAAAAAUAAAAAUAAAGAUAGCUCCCAAGAUAAGACCACAGAAGUCAACGUUCAAGCACUCGAAACAUUCAUCCUGCGAGUAAACCCAUCAGCCCAAUGAUUUUUUUUUUAAAAGCAUUUUAAAUUAAAAAAAAGAAACAUUUUAGAUCUUUGCCCCAGGUGUAUCGGAAGGGAUGGCAUUUAGCAUCAGAUGCAGAGUUUUGCCAUAAUAUCAGAAAUAAUUGGUUUUAUUGUUUGUUGGGUUUUUUUUUAAAAUUAUUUUUUAAUUUCCCUUUGGUGAAAGAUCCCUUCACUGUCAAUACGGAAGUCGAUUUCUGUAUUUAAUUUCAUGGGCCAGUAUGGGAUAGGUAUUGAAGGAGAACGAGGCAGCUUUUUUUCUGACUAUUUUUGCAAUGGAUAUUCCUAAAGCUAUGAUUAAAAAGAGCCUUCUAAAACCUGUGAUUUAACCACCGUAGGAUUUACAACACCGAACAAAUGGUUAGUUGGCCUUAAGCGUAAUCUUUGACCCCCCUCCUGCCCCCUUCAAACAUUGCCCCCUAGUUAUUUUUGUCCUAUAGCUUUUCUGGCUCCAUUUAGCGACAGUGAUGUCCUCCUAGGCAGCGUAGGCCUUCUCAAUCAAGAUAAGAUAUUCCCUUAAAUAGAGAGGAAAAUGUGGGGUUUUUUUCAUGUUCACCAGCCUUGAAUGCCUUAAAUCAGGUUUGCAAAGAUAAGGCAAGAGGGAUGUCUAGGGAGGGGCCUCGUGUUCUUCCGCCUUGAUCAUCUCAAGAUGUUUGCUUGGAAAGCCUUCACCCUCCGCACCGUUUUAAAUCCCACGGGGAACAAGGACCUCCACGGAAGGCCCGCCACCCCACAGUUGUGACAUCAGAAUUGGGACUUUCGUGAGUCGCGUACUUCAACCCGAUCUCGUGUCCUUGGAACAGGGUGGUAAGACGUCCGCGUGAACGAGGAGAACCAGCAUUGGGAGAGUGUACGGACUGCUUUCUCGUUUGCCUCCCAACGUUCCUGAGGUGCCAUUUUAGACUGGAGGGAUGGAAAUGGCUGGGGAAGGCGGUGGAGAGGUGGGGGGUCUCAGAUGCUUGUACCCUGAAAUAAAAGGACUGACUUACAGCCUAACAAA